AUGGGUAUUGAUGUAACUACCUUCACCUUGCUGCUCACCACAGGUUUUGCCCAACUCUGGUAUGAGACACCCAUCCUUCGUGAUGAUGUGAAUGCGCAUGGAAAUACACACAUUGAAUGGUGCUCACUCGAUGCUGCAGGGGCACUUGGACUCGUAUUGUAUUAUCUCAGCUCCACUAUGCACGCUAUCAGCCUCCAGCAAAUUUUCGCUAUCAUCCCCAGCACCGUCACCCACUAUCUUAAAUUUGGCCUUAACCUUCUCCUGCUCACCCUCCGCACCAUUGCGCUUGUUGUCGCACGUCAUGGGAGACUUGCAGGGGCGUUCAGCAGCAUAGAUGGUCUUAAAUUACCAGUACAAACAUCAGAUGAUGUUAACAUUGAGAAUGCAACAUUCAACGGUUGGCUCUCUGAGCAUUUCAUCAGCUCAGUGUUGGCAUUCUCAGCUGAAGGGGUUAUUAUUGCUGCCAGGAUGAAUGCCCCUGAUAGCUGGCAUGACUCAUGCCUCGUGCAACAAAUUUAUGCCUCCCUUUGA